CACCUUCAGGCUGAAGCAUGCGUUCAUAUACUAAACAACGAAAAUCACAGGAAAUAGGUAAAAUUUGACGAAAAUUUCCUAAACCAUGCGAGCAGUUUCCGGGUGCACUUGUGGCCGACGGCGUAAAUUCCAAUCCCUUACACUUUGGGCCGAGGCAGGUUGGCGAAUAAGCGCAAAACAGUUGUCUGGUUACAAGUGUGGGUGCUCGGAACAUAAAAAAAUACAGCUACGAAGAAAGAAGGACUUCUGUUACUCGAGAAAAUUUCGCUUUGUGCUAGGUGUUUUUUGCAGGCCGUGCAGGCAAAUUCUAAGUAGUGAAUUUCUCUUGUUUUUGGUUGAGUGUGCCGUAGGCCAUAGGUGAUAACCCCUGAGACAACAUGAGCUUCAUCUUCGGUGGACGUUCUUCAAAGACUUUUAAACCGAAGAAACAUAUACCAGAAGGAACGCACCAGUAUGAGUUGAUGAAGCAAGCGGCGGCUACGCUUGGAAGUGGAAACCUUCGUUUGGCUGUUAUGUUGCCCGAAGGUGAAGAUCUCAAUGAAUGGGUGGCCGUAAAUACAGUAGAUUUCUUCAACCAAAUUAACAUGCUGUAUGGAACUAUCACGGAGUUUUGUCGGGAAGACACAUGUCCCAUAAUGUCGGCAGGUCCGAAAUAUGAGUAUCACUGGGCAGAUGGAACCACGGUAAAGAAACCUAUCAAAUGCUCUGCUCCCCGGUAUAUCGACUACCUAAUGACCUGGGUACAAGAUCAGUUGGACGACGAGAGUCUGUUCCCUUCCAAAAUCGGGGUCCCUUUUCCUAAAAACUUUCUUUCUAUUGCCAAGACAAUCCUUAAGCGACUCUUCAGGGUUUAUGCCCAUAUCUACCACCAGCACUUUGCUCAGGUUGUCCAGCUGGGUGAAGAGGCCCAUUUGAAUACAUCGUUCAAACAUUUUAUCUUCUUCGUACAGGAGUUCAGUCUGAUCGACCGACGAGAACUGGUUCCACUGCAGGAGCUGAUUGAUCAGCUUACGACCAGAGACCAAAGAACCCCAUUAGAAAAUGGCUUUGAAUCUAAAAAAUGCCGGAUCCAAGUUCUGGGCAGAUACUAUUUCGCGGAUCUUCAGAAGUGUUGUAUAGCGAGGCACUUUUGUGAAAGAUCUUCAUGUAGUCUCUGCAACGCCAAACAAAUAUACAAGGGAAAGGAAAAGGCGUCCGUUUAUGACGAUAAGGGAAACGACAAUCUUGUAUACGACUCGGAGUUGACGUACAUUAACGUGUCGUUUUGUGAACAUGGUAAAUUUAACAGAACAAGGUACGGAAGUAGUAGUUACGAGUGAAAAUCUCAAUCCGUGUGAGACAUGAAUCAUGUGUAGAGAUUACUAUGUAAUUAAGAGCACCGUGGUAUUUCAUUGUAAAUUUAGCUCGAAUGGGUAAAGAAGAGAGAGUAGCCAGGAAAUUGUGUUUAAAGAACGCAUGGAAAAAACGAACGUGGACACAUGUCGAUGGCGUAAGAACGAUCCUGGUACGGUUUUUCGUUAAAAAAUAUUUUUGUAAAUGCGUACUUGGGAAAGGAUGGGAUAUCUUUCUUCCUAAAAUUUAUGAGGCGAUGCCAGUCGAGCGUAAAUGAUGUAACGAGUACAUGUGAUAACAUCGUUAUCAAAAAAUGACAAAAAUGUAACACAUUUGCAUGAAAAAAAGUUUAGAAUAAGGCACAAUCUCUGACUUAAAUAGCGUGAAAAGUGACCAUUUUGUAACACAAAUUAGGACUGAAAUCAAUAAGCGUUAUCGAAUAAGUGUUAUAUGUAAAAUGUGAUGUGAGGUUUAAUAACAAUAUUGCCGGUGGCUUUGGAGAAUUUAAAUUCGCAGUAAUAUAGGUGGGAUAUAAACGUAUAUUAUAGAAAAACAGACCGUUAUUUGGAGCUAAUCGAAAGCUACUGUGAGAGAAUAGGGUGUGACCUAAUAGGAGAAGCAGCAUUGGAACGAACCUGCACGUCGUACACUGUAGGUUCAACAAAUUUUGACUGUUUUGUAAUGAUGUUAGAACUCCAAAAUACAAACACUAAUUGUCAAGCGAUUUUAGCUACUCUGAGCAAAGGGGGUCAAUAGAAGACGUAACGAUGGGCUUUUUUAGGUCUUGUGUCGACCACUGCAGCGAUGUGCACCAACCGUUGAAAACAGAAAGAAAAUCGUCUCGAUGAAGGGAAUGUUGAGUGGGCUAGCUGUAGGUUUUCUAUGAAGUGUGAGAUAAUGCUAGAAAAAAACAUUUAGAUGAAAAAACAAGAUUUUCGCCAACCAAGCGCUAUCAAUUACAUAUUCUUCGAGGUCGACGAUUUUCGUAAUCGCCAAAGAGUCACUUUUUGGACAAUAUUAAAUGAGAAUAAUGAUUAAUAUUGUUAGAAAAUGACAUUAUUAUUAUAAUAUUAUUAUAUCAAUCUUAAAAUUAUUAUUAUUAUUAUUAAUAUUCCAGCAGUAAAUCAACGUCCUCGUUAUGGUGCGAAAGACGCGUACGUACAAAUAUAUACAAUACAGAAGCAAAUACAGACAGACAUCCACAUACACACUUGAUGUAGACACACCUAUACACGUAGAUAAUUUUUGUGUCUUUUGGAAAAAAGGACGUUCUCAAAGUCGAAGGAUGACACAGUGAAGGAUUAAGCGGUUUGAAAUUGGGAUUUUUAGAGAGAGCGCUUCUUAGCCGAGUACUAUGAGCUGAGAUAGAGGGAAGAUUUUUUGUAGUGAUACGUCUGUGGACACAAUAUAUACAUACAUUCAUACGAUAUACUAUACACAUUUACAUAUACCACUAAUAUUAGCAAAGGGAAUAUUGUAAUCACGCGUUUAAAGAGAAGCUGCUGGUGUAUGCGAAACGUAAAUGGAUAAAAGUUUUGUAUCAAUGUGGGUCCUUUCGUUUUUUCUACCUCCCCACGUGAGUACUAGAUGCCCAAAUCGAAGUCACACGUGUCAAACUCUACCUAUUGUGGUAACGCUUCGACCGGUGCGUGCAUUGUGUAAGUGUGAAAUAAUAACAUCGGCUUAUGUCAAAGGCGCACGACUCGACGUACACAAAUAUUAUUAAGAUGCUACCCUAUGCCUUGGCAGCAUGUUUUGUUGCUCGUUAUCGAGAAGCCGCAGCAAAACCACUCUGAAGUGGAGCAGCAAUUUCGUAUGGCAUUGACGCCCACAAGCGCAUCAUUUUGUAUAUAGAUAUAUAUGAAGAGCGAUUUCUCAUCAUAAUUUUAGCCUCGUCCUUUACACGAUUCACGAUGCGAGUCACAUGUCGACCACCCAACGGCAUCCACUUUAUAAUCUGUCUUAAGUCGACGAUGAUUUGUUUGUGAAUCCGGAGAGGAAACAGUAUAAGCAAAUAGCAAUAAGGUAAAAGUGAACAGGAAAUACGUCGAUAAGAUUCUAAAAUACAACAAAUGGAGCCGAUAGCCAUGACCGGACGACAGCAUGUUUUGUGUGAUCAAAUGAAUGAAUAAAUGUGUUGAAUAAUCGAAUGACGUGAUGUCUUCCAGUCGUAGUUGUGACCAUUGCGUUAUAAAUAGUAGUAACGGCAGGUGCCGAAGACAAUUAUCAUUGUUAUCGUAAACAAAAAUAAUAUUGAAGAUAAGAGGUGCACACAGCGUUACGGGGCGCUCACUGAAAGUAUUGAGUUUUCGGAGGAAUAUGCUCAAUGUGUAUGAUGAUAGAAAUGUGGCUAGCAAUAAGGACAUACGAAUUGGACAAAUUCUGCCUAAAAACUUGUUUUUUGCUCGUUAUCGAUGGGUUACAAAUAAUAAAGCGUCUGGUUAAAUGGAUUUGUUUAGUGGGGUGACGUCUUGUGCCACAACUUGGCUACGACUGCUUUAUUUUUGCGUCGACCAUCAUAAAAAAUGUAGUUUCAAUCUCAAGUAAAAUGUAUUAAAAACAACAUUAGUGCUUUUUAUUAGAUUUUUGUUACUAUUUUUAGAGUUUUAGUUAUUCGCAUAGCGAAACGUUUGCAACAUGACGUUAUUGAAUCCGGAUAAAAACACAAAAGUGUUUGUUACGUUGACCGUUCUCGUGCGUUUUUGUUAUUCCAUCAAAAGUUUAUCUCGUCUUUUCAUUACCAACGAACUAGCUGUUCGUCAAAAAAAAACUCCUCGUGCUUCUCUCCAUCCAGACUGCGAAUGCCUAUUUAAUAUGUCAAAGCUGGUCGGUUUUUGCUGGUGUGGUUCCUGUGGUGGCGACCUCAGCUUAUGAUCAACAACCCUACUACAGCUAAAUAAUUUCUCAGAAGGAUGAUUGUUAUUAUUACUCAUGGUUUACAUUUAUACAAACUAUCUUGUGAUGACUUUCCAAAAAUCGGUAGCCUCUAAUUUCAGAGUAGCAGCAUCCAUCCACAGCUGCUAUGGAAGACCAAACGGAAGAAGAAUAACGUUAAGGAGA